UCGAUUCCGCUUGGCCGAUUGUUAAGUAGGGUAGAGCCACUCAGAAAGUUUAUCAGAAAAAAACUGAGGUGCGCGCGGGCUCAAACAUGAGUGCAGCCGAAGCUGGGCCAGCGGCAGCUGUGUCAAAGCCAGGCAAGUGCGAGCGCAUGCUUUGGCUGGGAGGCCGUAAACACGUCAUACAGCACAAGUGGAGACCAAACAACAGCCGCGGAGAGGUGCUGCUGAUCACAACUCUCGUCGACAAGAAGAGCCCCAACAGGCCUUCGAACCAGCAACAGGUCUUUGUUGACAACACCGAAGAAGGUGUAGCCUCGAAAGCCUUGGAGAUGGCUCAUACGGUUCUCAAGAACAAGCGCGAAAGGCACAACAAAAGAGCAAGUUCAAGAACGAGGUAAAAAAGGCAAAAAAAGCACUGAAAGACGCGGACGGGAGACUCGCGACUGCUAACAGGCACCGCGAGGUCGCCCGCAGAGCGCUCGAAGCCGCCACGGCCGCGGUCGAGCGGGAAACUCAGAGCGUGGCAGCAGCUCGGGCGGCCUACGAGAGCGCACAAAACGACACACGGAACUUCUCAUCAUGAGCAGAGCUCGCCAUCGUCUCCCCCCCGGACUGCGUACAAUAGUCUACAAUGGUAAAAUUUCAAAGCGUUCCGCAAUAAUGAGGAAGACAUCUUGUUGAGAUCUUUAUGUCCAGUCUAAUACCAGGAUGUCUGCCGUGUGCUUUGGAGUGUUGAAUACAUGUGAGUGGUUCUACAUAUGUUGUAGGAAAGCGGUGGGUGCUCACGUACUCGGUGGCGUUCGUUCUGUGGGCAUCACCACGUAUAUGUUUGCUUUGAGGUGGUCGAUGGUAACUCGAACGGGGCUUCAGGGCGUAGAGCUAAGUUCUUCAGCCCUUUGGGCGUCAAGCUCCUCGCUGCCCUCAAUUCGUAGGUGAAACACCGUGGUGGGAAAGGGGGCGUGGUAUUAGGUGGUAGAGACGAACGAGAACGAAACGUUGCGGACGGAGCACGGAGUAUGAAAUGCUCGGCGUCACCAGCAAGAAUAGAUCCUCGUCGUGUAGGCGUUGUCGCCCGAAUAUUUGGAACGCAUGUUACAUACUUCUAUUGUAUUCCCAGACGUUUAUGGUACCCGCCAA